GUGCGCCUGCGCGAGGGCUCCGCGUGGCUAUAUAAACAUGGCUGGCGUGGCGGAGCAGCCCGGCCCUGCCGCGAGCGCGUAGGGGUCCACGGGACGCUCCCGGGCUUCAGUUUUGAAGUUUCUGGCGGGGGAAACCGCCGCGCAGAGUUGGGUUCGCAAGUCGAGGCUGAAGUCAGCGCUGCUGGGAGACGCGCGCAGGGACUGGGCUGCAGCCGGGACCUGGGACGCCGGGCUGAGGCGGCACACGUGCGAGCGCCGAGCGGGUGGAGCAGAAGCACCGGGACGCGCGGCAGCUGCUACCCGGCCGGCGCCGCCUCUGGCUUCCCCGCUGCGGCCCCAUCGCCCGUCCUCAGCGAUGCUGUGGAGCCGGCACUGCGCUGGAGUCGGCUGCCGCUUGCCAAACCCCUCUUGGCCUCUGCGUUCGCACCGGCAGCGCCGCGGCUGCCGCUGAUGCCGGGGAUGCCCGCGGGCCUCACCGAGUCGGCCGGCGCCGGUGCGCCCGCGGUCGUGAGCACCUCGGGGACCAUAGCACUGGCCCCCGCCGUGGCGACCCCUGUCCGCGUGGAGAGCACCCCGCUGGCCCUGGGCGCCGUGACUAAGGCGCCCGUCAGCGUCUGCGUGGAGUCCACCGCGUCCCAGCCGCUGCGGUCCCCCGUUGGGACCCUGGUCACCAAAGUGGCUCCUGUCAGUGCUCUUCCCAAACUCAGCGGCGGCCCCAGGCUGCCCGCUCCCCAGAUUGUCACCGUGAAAGCCCCCAACACCGCGACGAUCCAGCUGCCUGCUAAUCUGCAGCUUCCUCCAGGAACAGUUUUGAUCAAAAGUAACAGCGGUCAGUUGAUGUUGGUAUCUCCUCAGCAAGGGGUGACAAGAGCAGAGACUGCGAGUACCGUAUCUUCCAGGCCAGCAGUACCAGUCAACGCCCAAACUGUCAAAAUCUGUACGAUGACGAAUUCUAGCUCACAGUUAAUCAAGAAAGUAGCAGUGGCACCAGGUAAAACAUUGGCACAAAUAGGAACUAGUAUGGCAUCCACUGUUCCAAACCCUUCCUCAGUUCAAUCUAUAUCUGUGCCAGCCAGUGUUGUCACAGUUACUCCUGUAAAGCCGGUGAAUACUGUAACUACCCUGAAGCCUUCAGAUUUGGGAGCAUCAUCUGUACCCUCAAAUGAGCCUGGUUCCAAAGCAGAGCGCUCAGCAGCUGCUCAGGUUAAUCUUUCUCCGGCAAUGCUAGAAAAUGUGAAGAAAUGUAAAAAUUUCCUUGCCAUGUUAAUAAAACUAGCAUGCAGUGGGUCACAGUCUCCAGAGAUGGGGCAGAAUGUGAAGAAGCUGGUGGAACAACUUUUGGAUGCAAAAAUUGAAGCGGAAGAAUUUACUAAGAAACUGUAUGUUGAACUUAAGUCGUCACCUCAGCCUCACCUAGUUCCUUUCCUCAAGAAAAGUGUGAUUGCCUUACGACAACUUCUGCCUAACGCCCAGAGCUUCAUUCAGCAGUGUGUUCAGGAAACUUCCAGCAACGUCAUCCUUUCCACCUGUACCACAACAGUCACAACUUCUCCUGCGGUGACGACUUCUGUGUCCUCAGCCCAGACUGAAAAGCCCACCAUCGCUCCCACUGCAGCAGUGCCCGCACCCGUGUCUGUGCAAGCUCUGAACCCACUCAGUGGUCCAGUUGGAGCAAAAACUGGCAUUGUGACCCUACAUUCUGUGGGCCCAGCUACUGUGGCAGGUGGAACAACAGCUGGAACUGUUUUGCUCCAGACCUCAAAACCACUGGUGACAUCAGUACCAAAUGCAGUGACAACAGUUUCUCUGCAGCCUGAGAAGCCAGUCGUCUCUGGAGCAGCAGUUACACUGGCUCUUCCAUCAGUAACUUUUGGAGACAAGUCAGCUGCAGCUCUUUGUCUUCCACCUGUGAAGCCCAUUGCUGCUUCUGCCGGGACCAAGCUGGACAAGCCUGUGAUUGGCACGCCCCUCCAAAUCAAACUCACCCAGCCGGGCACCCUCCUCGCACAGCCAGCUGGGAUGCCACCAACCGUCAAAGUCAAGCAACUAGUGGUACAGCAGCCGUCAGGAGGCAUUGGAAAACAAGGGACCACAGUUUCCCAUUCCUCAGCACUGACCAUUCAGAAACCUGCACAGAAGAUUCCAGUGAACACUGUAAUACCUACUACUUCCAUUCUAAAGCAAAUAACUUUGCCUGGAAAUAAAAUUUUGUCGCUUCAAGCAUCUACUACCCAGAAAAAUCAAAUAAAAGAGAAUGGAACAUGUUUCAGAGAUGAAGAUGACAUCAAUGAUGUGACUUCCAUGGCAGGAGUCAACCUCAGUGAAGAAAAUGCCUGCAUCUUACAAACAAACUCUGAAUUGGUCGGCACACUCAUUCAGUCAUGCAAAGAUGAACCGUUUCUUUUUAUUGGAGCUCUACAAAAGAGAAUCUUAGACAUUGGUAAAAAGCAUGACAUUACAGAAUUUAACUCUGAUGCUGUGAACUUGAUCUCCCAUGCAACACAAGAGAGAUUACGAGGCCUUCUAGAAAAACUGACUACAAUUGCUCAGCAUCGAAUGACUACUUACAAGGCAAGUGAAAAUUACAUCCUGUCUAGUGAUACUAAGUCACAGCUCAAAUUUCUUGAGAAGCUGGAUCAAUUGGAGAAGCAGAGAAAGGACUUAGAAGAAAGAGAAAUGCUACUUAAGGCUGCCAGGAGUCGUUCUAAUAAAGAAGACCCAGAACAGCUGAGAUUAAAGCAGAAAGCCAAAGAGUUGCAGCAGUUGGAGCUUGCCCAGAUACAGCACAGAGAUGCUAAUCUCACUGCUCUUGCAGCUAUUGGACCAAGAAAGAAGAGACCACUAGAAUCUGGAAACGAGGGAUCAAAAGACAAUCUUGCUUGUGGAACAUCCAGCCUGACAGCCACCAAACAGUUUCUCCGACCAAGAAUCACGAGAAUCUGCCUCAGGGACUUGAUAUUCUGUAUGGAACAGGAAAGGGAGAUGAAGUACUCACGAGCGCUGUACCGUGCCCUUCUGAAGUGACUGCUCUGUCACCGUCCAGAGCCUUGUUUACUGCCAAAGAAGACCAAAAGAGGAUUGCUGCACUGUCCUGAAGUCUCGGUUUCUGGGGAACAGUUACCAACAUGGAAGACCACUGUUUACCAUUAAUAAGCUUUUGUGAAACCUUACUGUACAUCUCCUGGGGUUCUUACAGACUAGAACUCAGCUUUGUCUUCUGACAAUCAGUUAUGUGAUGCACACUUUACACAGAAGUGGCAGCUGCUUCCUGCGUGUUUACUUACAGCAGGCUAAGGCUCUGCUUGUUACUACCUGCUUCCUCUGCCUGACUAUAACAGCGAGGUGUCUCCCUGGAUAGCAGCCCAACACAGCCUGUGUGGAGAUACUGAGGAAAGGAAUGUACGAGAAUGUACUUCAUCCUAAGCUGAGCCUGUCUUAGAACAUUAGGUUUCCUGUGCUGGAAUCACAAGUUGCUUAGUUAACCGUAAUAGUCAUCAUAGUUCAAGGUGACAGACCACUUUGAUGACCUGGCUGGGAUGAGCCCCGUGCUUGUCAAAACAAGACUGAUGGGCCAGUUUGUGCCUGAGGUUACCAGUUCUUUGGCUCCUCUCACCACGUGCUGCUUCUGAUACCAAGCGAGGGGACAUCCUUGUCAGGGAAGCCUUCAAAUCAAAGUUUCCACAGAUAUACCUCGUUGGAAGUGGAAAAGGUAGAAAGUUCCAGAAGGAAUGGUGAGGCACUGAGUUUAAGCUGAGCAGGGAAAAGUGAAAAUGGAAUUAUAACACAGGGUAUGUGCUGCCCGUGUCCAAAGAGGAAGGGGUGCAGUUGGAGCCCAGAACAUCAGGUGUUCACUUUGUUGAUGGGAAAAAAAUCAUAGCCUCACCAAAAAAGGAAAGCAUAUCAAACAUUUUUGAAUUACAGUGCUAUUUCAAAA